AUGCCCGAAACGCGUUCAACCUUCGACGCGAGCCAGUGUCUGGAGGAUGUCGAUGGAGAUAUCGCCAACGAGUACAACACUAUUCUCGACGCCGCCGUGGCGGCGAGGGACAAAUACGCCAAGCUAAUGACCCUGGCACAGAAACUGAAGCGGGCGCUGGUUUCCAAGCAAGCCGAAUUCAAUCAGCAUGCCGGCCAUUAUCAACAUGACGUGGCGUACCACAGAGCCUGCGCUGAAACUGCCCGUGACACGUUACGAGUAGUAAGGAGACUGAGUCGCUCCGCCGCCGUAACAAACAUCUAUCCGAGGAUCUGCGAGCGGCCACAGAAGACCAAGCACCUGUGCUGUAACAUCUGCAUGGACAACUUGAAAAAUGUCGUGACGAGGUGUGGCCACGGUUACUGUACCGGCUGUCUGGCGACAUGGCUGAGGCCGACGAACAACGACGACGCCGCCAGUGACGAGAGUGAUAUGGAAUCGUUGGCCGAGCAGGUGGAGGCGCCCUGCCCGACAUGUCGGAGGAUUCUCAAUGCAGAGGAAGACGUGUGGCCCAUCUUCAUGCAGAAUGGCGGCUCUAUUCCGGAAGUGGUGUGUGUGGAUAGCGACGAUGACUAG